AUGAAAAGACGAGGUAAGCAAAAACCUGGUAAAUUAACUCAACAUUUUACAUCGUCAUCUCAUAAAUCUGCAUUAGAUGAUUUUAGCAACUUUUUAAAUAGUUCUAAUCAUAUUGACUGCAUGUUGAAUAAAUCAAAUCGUGUUCAAGCAAUUGAGCUGGACCAUAAAAAACGUUUUCAUCGGGACAUUUUAUGUAUGUUAUUUGAUAUAUCUCGUACUAGAGCUCGACAAGGUUUGGCAUAUAGAGGAGAUGGAGAUGAACAAAAUAGUAAUUUUAAUCAAAUUAUUUUGCUAUUAUCUCGGCAUUCACCGGUGAUGAAAAGAUGGUUGGAGGAAAAAUCGUUUCGAAAUCAUAAAACUACAUACCUUAGUCAUGAUUCUCAAAACGAAUUUAUUAAGUUAUUAGCUGAUGUAAAGAAAACAAUUAUAAAAGAUGUCACACAUGCUGGUAUAUACUCUGUUAUGGCAGAUACUACCCCGGAUAUUUCACGAAGUGAUCAAUUGUCAGUUUGUGUACGUUACAUAGAUUCAUUAGGGGAUGUAUCAGAAAGGCUAUUAGAAGUAUGCCAGGCAAAAGAUAAAACUGGAUUAGGUGUUGCGGAAAAAAAUUGUGAAGUUUUGGUUGAAAAUAGUUUACCUGUAGAGAAUAUUGCUUUUCAACCUUAUGAUUAUGCUAGUAGUAUGUCAGGUAGAAUAAAUGGAACACAACAAAAAUUAUCAGAACUAGCUGAUCAUAUGAUUCCUUUCAUACCAUGCCAAGCUCAUAGAUUAAACACCUUUCUUGAGCAUAGUUGUGAUGCUAGUAUUUUAAUAUGUGAUUUUUUUUCUAUACUUGAAAAUCUAUACGUUUUUUUCUCAGCUAGCACUAAAAGACACAUUCAACUUAAGUCAAAAUUAGCCACCAUAGAAAAUUCAUUACAAUUCCGUAAUCUUUCAAAAACUAGAUGGACAGCGCGUGCGGAAUCUAUAAAAGCUGUGUGGGUUUCAUUUGAAAUAAUAAUUGAAACUUUACAGGAGAUAAUUAAUUUGCAAGACAUGGACAAAAAUACACGAAAUCAAGCACUAGGACUUGUAAAAAAACUUCUUUCAUUUGACUUCGUUGUUUCCUUAUUGUUCAUGAAAAAUCUAAUAUACAAGACCAAAAUAUUAACGGAAAAACAUGAAGCUACUGAAUUGAACAUACUUGAUGCUUUAAUGUUGAUUGAUUAUUCAAUAAGUAUCUCAAAUGAAAUGAACAGCGAUGAUACAGCAACGAACAACCUAGUAAGCAGUGCAAUAAAAUUUUCUGAACAGUUAGGUAUUGAUCCAGUGUCAGAUUUUAAUCGCCAUCAUCGGAAAAGACUUUUGCCAAAAAGAAUUGACCAAAAUCCAAACACACAGUGUUCGAUUGAUUUACCUACUUUUUAUCGAGUAGAAUUUAAAAAAGUUCUAAAUACUUUGAUUGUUUUAUUGAAUGAGCAUCUAAAAAAAUCUUUGGUGACAUUUGAACCAAUGAUUACUUUGUUUAAAAUGCCAUGGAAACAAAUUUGUUCAACAGAAAAUGUAAAAAAAGUAAUCGAACUAUUUCCACCGGGAUGCAAAGAUUUUAAAAUGAAUGACUAUGAUGGAGUGAUUGCCGAAUUGAAAGUUUUAGAUCACCAGUGUAACGUGAAAAAUUGGAUAACUUGA